UCUCAGAAGGCAAUUGUUCUUUUCGGGUUGGUGAAAUGGACAUGAUCUACGAAAAUUCCAGUUACAUAAAUAUGACCAGAACAGCUUCAGGUGAUAAAUGCUCUCAUUACAAAUGUCAGAAAACCUUCAACCAGGAAAGAAAGAAAGAGGUUCCUCUGCCCAAGUGGACUAAAGUUCUCCUGAUAGUUCUCAGUGUCUCUGUUGUUUGUGCUCUCGGAGGCGUCUGUGCUCUUGGGAUGUGUCUAUCUCAUGCUAAACAUUUCAGCAGAUCAGUGUCUGAUCAGUACCACAAUGAUACAGGACAGUUUGAGGCCCUCCGUGUCCAAUAUGAGGAAACACUUAGAAAAUUGAACAGAUUAAAUCAGAGCACAGGCUGUGCACUUUGUGCUGUCCACUGGAUUCAUUCUGGAGGAAAGUGUUACUACUUUUCAACAGUCAAGAUGAACUGGACGCAGAGUCGGGAUUAUUGUGUGACUCUAGGAGGACAUCUAGUUAUAAUAAACAGCAAAGCAGUGCAGGAUUUUCUUGUGUCUGAAGUUAAAGAGACUCACUGGAUUGGUCUUAAUGAUCUGGAAACUGAGGGACACUGGGUCUGGGUGAAUAAGCAGCCGCUCAAUGAUUCAAUAGAAUUCUGGAUGAAGCGAGAGAAUGGAGACAAUGAACCAGAUAACUGGACAAAACAUCAUCCGGCCGGUGAGGACUGUGCUAGUUUGGGGCACUCAAAUGGAGAUACUGAUUUCUGGAAUGAUGCUUUCUGUUUUGAAGAGAAAAGAUUUGUGUGUGAAGCUCCUGCCUCUGUUUAAUUCCUCAAACCUUACAAGUAUCACUCAUUAUUUCUACAAAAGCAGAAGUUCCUGUAUGCCAUCGAUUCCUUGUAAUUUCUUUCUUCCUAACAUAGUGAAUAUCACGAACAGUGGUGGGUGUAAUGCAUUACUAAGUAAUUAAUUACUGUAAUUAAAUUACUUUUUCCUUGAAUAAAGUAAAGGGAUUACUCUUCAUUUUCCAGUAAUUUAAUUACAGUUACUUCUGAUGUAAUUGCAUUAAAUACUGUAUAGACUAUAGAACAAUUCUAUAUAAAACAAUAGUUAAUUUAAAAUCGAAAUGUAACGUCUAAUGUUAAAAUAUAUGUUUUUUAAUUUAACGCCGCCCCUUUAAAUUCUUUGGCCAGUUCAUUAAUAAUUUAUUUGAUUUGAUAUGAUUUAUUUGAAAGAAUUAAAAGAACAGUUGCAUGUUUAUCCUUGUAUUGUUCAUCUGGUCGAGGUUGAUAAGGGUUUUAAAAAGUAAUUAGUAAUAAGUAAUGUAAUUACUUUUCAGACAGAGUAGUUAGUACAGUAUUAUAAUUACACUGUAGAAUAUGUAAUUAGUAGUUAGUAAUUAAUUACUAACUUACCCAACACUGGUCAUGAACCAUGAAACAUCAAACCAAAUAACUAAUUUUGUAGAUUGUAUAUGGUUUAUGGAUUUCAAUUUUGAAAAUAAAGACUGUAUUAGGUAUGUUGAACUGAUUUUAUGUUCAGCUGUGUUGACAGGGUCCAAAAGUCUCAAGUCAAAACUGAAAAUGUUUGACAUUUUUUUUAUUUUUAUUAUUUAAUAAAUAAUUUAACCUGGAACUAAACAGUUUAAUGAUUUAUGAUGAAAAAAAAUUAUGAUGUGAUGGCUUGAAAUAAUUAAAAAUGUAAAAUAAAAGCACAUUUUGACAACGCUAAUUCCUUCAUAUUUAAGGUCAGAUUUCAUGCUACUACUGAAGCACACAAAUUUUAUUUUUUAUUAUUUGGAACAUUUUCAAAUCAUGUUGUGAUAACAUGGAUCAUCAGGUAAUUUAAUGUAAUAAAAUAAUUAUAAUUUGUAAUGAUGUAAAAAAAGGUCUAGAAUAU